AUGUUAUUCAUUCGCUUGGUCAUCUUUCUUGCCUUCUGUGUAUCACUGAUAUCUGCUUCUUCUAGUUGCCUUGGCUGUAUCUUCAAGGCACCAAAAGUCAAAGAAACAAAGGUCCCUGAUCAUGAACGAAUAGCUCAUCUUUCAGAGCAACAAAUUGAUCUUCGUCAGCGUAACCAACAGGUGGCUCGUUCUGCCGCUCAGAUUAGAGCACAUCCAUAUCCGCAUUCAGAUGCUACAAUCCCUCAAAGAAAUGAUAUUAUGAAUCGUCAAGAUUCAAUCAAACGUAUCAAUGCUAACAUCAAAGCUUUGGAAGGCUCAAAAUCUGUCUCGUUUACCACAGAACGUGGCACAGGUAAAAGAAUUUAUAAGACCUCGCCGUAA